AUGAAGGUUAUGAUAUCUACCAGCGGUUCACAACUGCUGCCACAAAAUGCAGUUAAAGCAGUGCGAGAACAUCUGCUGCCAUAUACCACAGUCCUAACCCCCAAUAUCCCAGAGGCGGUUCUUCUGCUUCGAGACUCCGGUGUGGAUGUUAAGGAGCCAGAGAAUCUGCAUGAUGCAAUCGCCCUCGCAAAACAGGUCCAUAAACUUGGGCCCAGGCAUAUCCUAUUGAAGGGCGGUCAUCUCCCUCUGAACGCCCAGCGAGAGAAGCCCACGUCGGAUGCAGAUGCAGCUAUUGUUAUUGAUAUACUAUACGACGGCCAGACAGUGUCUUUAGUGGAAGCUACUUUUUCAAGGUCUAAAAACACCCAUGGCACCGGGUGUUCCCUUGCAUCUGCAAUUGCAGCUAACCUUGCUGGAGAGAUUGAAAUCACACGGGCGGUGAGGGAGGCAUGUCGAUAUGUUGAAGCUGGGAUUAACACCAGUACUGAUUUGGGAAAGGGAAAUGGGCCCAUUAACCAUUUCCAUUCCCUCUAUUCGCUCCCUUAUGCGCCUGGGCACUUUAUAGAUUAUAUCCUGGAGCGGCCAGAUGUUCAGCCAGUAUGGCAAGCUUUCACUGAGCAUGAGUUUGUGCAGAAGCUUUCCAUUGGGGCGCUUCCUGUUGAGAAUUUUAAAUGGUACCUUGUUCAAGACUAUCUAUAUCUAGUAAACUUUGCACGAAGCAAUGCGCUGGCUGCCUACAAAAGCCAUACUGUGGACGAAAUUGCCAUGUCUGCCCAAAUUGUCCUCCAUAUCCAACAUGAGAUGAAACUGCAUCUCGACUACUGCGCCUCAUUUGGCCUAUCAAAAGAGGAUAUCGAAAGCUCGAAAGAGAGCUUGACGUGCACGGCCUACAGCCGAUAUAUCCUCGAUAUCGGCCAAUCGGGUGACUGGCUUGCUCUCCAAUUUGCGCUUGCUCCUUGCCUUCUCGGCUAUGGCGCAAUAGCCCAGCGGCUCUUCCAUGCCGAAGAAAGCGUUCGAGAAGGCAAUAACUACUGGAAAUGGAUUGAAAAUUAUGUUGCAGACGAUUACUCUGCAGCCGUCAAGCUAGGCUCAGCCACACUCGAGAAGCAUUCAAGACAAAUAUCGCCUUUCCGCGUGGAAGAACUGGUCCAGAUAUUUAUUCGAGCCACGGAGCUUGAGAUAGGAUUCUGGGAUAUGGGUUUGAGGGGGGAGUAG